AGCUCUAAAAAACGCCUCUGCUCACAUUGACAUCGUGAUUUAUCAUUUACCCUUUUGCAUGAAUUAGAAACUCACAAUAUAUAUAAUAUAUUAUAGCUUCCUUCAACAAGCUCGACGUAUGUUAAGCAUGGAAGAAAUGGCCUGGUUUCAAGCUUUUCUCAUUAUUUUUGUGUUAUUUUCUGCUUGUUUUGCAGAAGAGAGAGCUCUGUAUCUAGUUAUGAUGGAAGGAGACUCUGUUGCAUUCCCUUCAAAUACUUCUCCAUCUCAUGAAGAUGGAAGAACUCUGGACCCACAUAAUGUUUCCAAGUCUCAUGCAAAGCGCUUGGUUGAGUCUCAUAACCAACUAUUACAAAGCACCCUCGAGACUGGAAGCUAUAGCAAGCUUUACAGCUUCAAGCACAUCGUUAAUGGCUUUGCUGUCCAUACGACCCCUUCCCAGGUCCUCUCAGUUUCCCUUCAUGCUUAUAUUAUAUGCGAAAAAAUGGAGCAGAAAAUCAAUACUAACCAUGGAAAUUGUAACAUGGUACUACAGGCCGAAAAGCUGAAAUGUGCUCCGGGGGUGAAUUUGGUGGAGAGAGAUAGAGGAGCCAGAUUGAUGACUACAUACACCCCGAAGUUCUUAGGAUUGCGUAAAGGAGUAUGGACGCAAGAAGGAGGAGAUAGAAAUGCAGGUGAAGGGAUUGUCAUUGGUUUUGUGGACACAGGCAUUAACCCAACACACCCAAGUUUUGCUUACCAUCCACAUCUCAAUCCUUUUACCUCCAAACUUUCUCGUUUUUCCGGAGCUUGCGAGACCGGUCCUCGAUUCCCUUUGAGUUCUUGCAAUGGGAAAAUAAUUUCUGCUAGGUUCUUCUCUGCUGGGGCUCAAGCCAUUGCUACUCUCAACUCUUCAGUGGAUUUUCUAUCACCCUUUGAUGCCGUUGGACAUGGCAGUCAUGUAGCAUCCACUGCAGCUGGAAAUGCUGGAGUUCCGGUGGUUGUGAAUGGCUUCUUUUAUGGACUAGCAAGUGGGAUGGCACCGCGGGCACAAAUUGCUAUCUACAAGGCUAUUUAUCCUACAGUGGGAACCUUAACAGAUGUGGUUUCAGCAAUUGAUCAAGCAAUUGCAGAUGGAGUAGACAUCUUAACACUCUCAAUAGGGCCAGAUGAACCGCCAGAAGAUUCACCAACCUUCUUAAACAUAUUUGAUAUUGCCAUGCUAUUUGCAAGACGAGCCGGGGUAUUCGUGGUUCAAGCAGCAGGUAAUCAAGGGCCAGGUCCUUCAAGUGUAGUUUCAUACAGCCCCUGGGCUGUAGGAGCAGCUGCUUCCAGCACAGACAGAAAUUUCCCCGGUUCCCUAAUUCUUGGGAAUGGCCAAAAAGUUGGAGGUGUUGGAUUAUCAGGACCAAGUUUUGGAGGUGGUUUGUUCUUAUAUAAACUGGUAUUGGCUACGGAUGCAGUGAAGAGAAAUGGGACUUUCCCUAGGACACCACCGUACAUUGAAGAAUGCCAAUAUCCAGAAGCAUUGGAUCCCAAUGUAGUGAAACAUAGCAUUGUUAUAUGCAUCUUCUCAGCUGGCUUCUUGAAUGGGAGCUCCACGCUUACAGCCAUAAUCGACACAGCUGAAACUCUAGGAUUCAUGGGUUUUGUUCUGGUGGCUAAUCCAAACUACGGCGACUUCAUUGCUGAACCUCUACCUUUUGAUAUCUCUGGCAUUUUGAUCCCAACCGUUGCUAGUGCUCAGGUUAUAUCAAAUUACUAUGAACAGAAAACUUACAGAGAUGGAAAAGGACUUGUGACUAGGUUCACAGCAAGAGCAGCCAUAGAAGAAGGUAGAAUUGCUUGUUUCAAGGACCAAGUGCCCACCGUAAGCAGAUUCUCUUCGAGGGGACCAGAUUUCAUUGAUGUUAAAAGAAAUCCAGCAGAUGUACUUAAACCUGAUAUUCUUGCUCCAGGCCACCAAGUUUGGGCAGCCUGGAGCCCCAUAAGCGCCUUGGAACCCAUACUGAUGGGAUACAAUUUUGGUCUAUUGUCUGGUACAAGCAUGGCAACACCUCAUGUGGCUGGAAUUGCAGCACUUCUCAAGCAAUACAAUCCUUCAUGGACACCAUCUAUGAUUGCAUCAGCAAUGGCCACCACAGCCAGCAAGUAUGAUAACGAUGGAGACCUUAUCAAGGCAGAAGGAUCAUCUAUUGGCAGUUUGUAUCCCUCAACUCCAUUUGAUUUUGGCUCUGGCCUCCUCAGUCCUAAGCGUGCCUUGCAUCCUGGCCUGGUCUUUUCUUCAGAAUAUGAAGACUACGUUGGUUUCUUGUGCUCAUUGCCGGAUAUUGAUCCAGCAAUGAUUAGAAAUGCCACUGGAGAAUGGUGCAAUUACUCGCUUGGCCACCCAGCCAAUCUGAAUGUUCCUUCAAUAACAAUAUCAUCAUUGAUUGGAUCUCAACUGGUGCAACGAACCGUAAAGAAUGUUGAGAGCAAGGCAGAGACGUACCUUUGUUCAGUGCUGCCUCCAAAUGGAACAGUAGUUAACUUGUAUCCGCCUUGGUUUACCAUAGCUCCACAAGAAACACAAGAUUUAUACAUACAGUUUAAUGUGACUGAAGCAAUUGGGGAGUUCAGCUUUGGUGAAAUCAUUCUGACAGGAAGCUUAAAUCAUGUUGUCAGGAUUCCUUUAUCCAUUUUGCCUGUUUCUGUGUUCUAAAGAUGAGAAGCAAAAGUAGCUUCUUCUCCCAAAUGAAACGAACAAUUAAGGAAAAUGAUACUGAAAGGGCUGAGGCAGGAAGAAGAAGAAAAGGACACAUUAAUAUGCACAGAUUUCUCUAUCUAAUAGGAAAUUCAGAACCUAGUCAUUCAUCAUGAUAUGAGCACAAGUUGACAAGCUGCUAAUAACAGCAUGGCACAACCCUGCAUUUGCCUUAUGUGCCUGUAACAAGAUGAUAUACAAAUUCUUACCAAAAGAAAAGAUGUUAUACAAACUCAUACAGUCAAGCGUAGGCAGAUAAUAUAUGUAUAAUAAGACGUCAUUUUUAUCAAAAGAAGAAACCUUAAAAUGCUCCUCACUUUUCUUGCAUCGUACGUUAUUGCCUUGAAACAUCUUUACACAUAAAGUAAAAGAGCAAUUGGAAAACAGUUUCCAUCAGUUCUCAAUGCUGAAAAGGUCAUGCCCAAUACAUGUAAGAGUCGUCACCUUCCAAUUCAGUUGACAACAAGCGUUAAUAUCCUACUCCUCUAGAAAAUAUUAGGUCAGCUAGUUGAAUUCACAAUAUUCAUGAAUCAUUAGGCAACACGUUGAUUUUUUGUUUUUGGUUUGUUCUACUUAAUUGUGAGCAUUUCGCUUACUUCAAAUGUUUAUUUAGUUAGCGACAAUUAGAAUUUAUUGCUCAUCUCAAAUAACUACAAACUUCAAGGGGGCAAAAAAAGGUUCAAAUUGAAACCAGUUCAAACUGUUUUAUCUUGUGUUCAUGGUUUCAAACUGUUUUAUUUGGUGUUCAUGCUUUUUUUUUUCUCCCUCCCUCCCUCCUUCUCCCUCUCCCUCUCCCUCUGUGUCUCUUAAGUACAGAAUUUACCAAGAUGCCUUAUUAACUCCAACUAAUACAAGCUAACAUUUGAAAUAAGCAAACUACAUACAAUCAAGAAGAAAAAAGCAUAUCCAAAAAAAAAAAAAAAAAAGAA